UCCUCCUCCUCGCCCGUCCAGUUCCUCCACCUGCAGCUGAGAUCACUCCUCCUUGUAGUACAGGAAGCAGGAAGACACAGAGAGCCUCAAACUACGUAACAACAGGGAAGAGAUCCGGCAGAGGUGACCGCCAUCUCCUUCACCCCUCCCCACCAUGUCUAAUGCAACGGCUACCUCAAGCAUUGAGCAGCAGCUGCAAAGCCAAUGGAAUGAUAUCCUGGGACGCAUCACCAGCAAACAGUUCUUCCAAUCAGAUUGGGACAUCGCUGCCUUUGCUGUUUUCUUUACAUUCAUUGGGCUGAUUCUGGUGCUGGUUGCGCUGGUUCUCAUCAGAUGCUUCUGCUGCUGCUGUUGUGAUUGUGAUUCCCAAGUGAACAGGAGAAAAUACACAAAGAAGGUCGGCGUGGAUAACCUCGCCAUGGAGCCAUAACCCUGCCAUCCAGUUUCGAUUU